AUGCGCGAGCUUCUACGAGCGCUGGUCUUUCUCGCCUUGGCAACGAGCUACGGUGAGACCUUUUCUGAAUUCCUCAACUAUUUUCUCGAACUUCCGACUCUGACCCACCAUUGUGUCAUCUUUGGAGUGUUUCUCGAGGCGAAAGUUGGCCUAUUCAUUGGUUGUCCACGGACUUUCUCAUAAUUGCCGCGACUUCCUUCCUCAUUCGCUUGUUGAAAUCCAAACUGAACAGGGAAAUGUGCCCCUUUACAACCAUUUUAUCUGUUCAGCUUCUGCCCAAUGUGUGGACCAGGAUCCCAAAUGUCCGUUUUGGGCGUCUCGUCGCGAAUGUGAGAUCAAUCCCAGAUGGAUGCGCUUCAACUGCAUGGUCUCUUGCGGGGUAUCCAUUACCUGGAAUAUUCGAAUAGAAAUCUUUAUCAAUUUUCCAGACCUGCAAUCAGUUUAUGAGGCCUGCUCCACCCCCGCUUCCGGCUCCGUUCAGAACACAGCCUCAGCUGCAGCAACCUCCGCAGACUCAAAUUCAGCCUACCUGUUAGUGAAAAUAGUUAAAAACUAAUUCCGGAAAGGCGAAAAUUGUCUUCUUAUAGAAAAAUGAACAAGAAACGAAAAAAAGAAGAAAACAAAAACAGCUCUUUUAACAAUAUUUAUUGUAAAUUUUAUAUAGAUCUUAGCUGCCGUAAUCAACACGAUUAUGAAAAAGAAAACCAAAAAAAAAGAAGAAAAAAUAUGCCCAAACUAUUUUUUUGCGCGUCGAGUGUCGUGUCGUGGCCGCGAUAUUGCGUCGUUCUUAGACAAUGUAAAUUUUAAUCGAAAAAAAUUUUUAAUUUUUUUCAUCGCAUUUUUUAAAGUAACUCAUUCAUUUUUUUAAGUGCGAUCCUUCGAUGACCCAGUGCCCGUACCAGUCAGACCUUCGACUAUUCCCGAAGGAUGCAACUCGGUGAUGAGCAUUGAAGGUUUAAUAUUCAUUUAAAGGUUUUUUGAAAAAAUGAAGUUCAGUGGAAACGCGACAAGUUUUUGCUCUCAGCCAAGUUCAGGCUCGUUCUCAACAGCGAGGCUGUGCUGAGCAGCAAGUUGCGGGAGACUGUUCCAUUAACAUGUGUUACCACAAGAAAUACCGCUCCAUCGAUGGAACUUGCAACAAUUUCGCGAGACCAACUGGGGUUCGUUGUUAUAUCUUUUCAGGAGAAAUGUUUUUAUCAAAUUUUUCGUUGUUUCGUUUGUUUUGACAGAUUGAUUUGUUCUUCGAGGAUAAAAAGGCGGAAUUCAAAAUACUUUUUGCAAAUGAUCGACUUCGGUGCCUUUCAAUGAAUCCUGGAAGCCUUUUUUUGAUAGACGAUAUGUCUGAAAGCUUUUUAGAAAACAUUUAUUGAGAGCUUAAGGUAAAAGUUCUUUGCAGAGUGCCAUGAACGCAAAAAAAAAAAUGAAAUACCAAUAACAAAGAUGCUUCUGAUAAGGCCUCUUCAUAUCAUUCCUUUAAAAUUCAUCAAUUCUUAGGUUUUAUCAAAUUAUAGAAAAAAAUUAAAAAAAGAUAUGGAUUGCAUCCUGUGAUAAAUUUCAGCUAGAACUCUUUGAUAUGAACCAUUUUUGAAUCUCGUUUCGAUUUAUUUCAAUUCUUUCAUGAAUUUUAGUAGGGGUUUUUGAACAAAAUUGAAUGAAAUUUGAGAAUUUCUUCUGGAAAUUGAAAAAAAUGCAUUUUUUUCAUCUUUUUUUAAGUUUUGAGGGAGCCGCUUUCACUCCAUUUUCUCGACUUUUUGCCCUCGGCCUACGACGACGGCUUCAACGCUGUUGUUUGUAAGAAUAUAAAACUUCAAAUAAUUGCUUUAAAUCAUAUUUACAGCUAGCAUCAGCCGCCGAAGACCGAACCCGCGAGAAAUUUCCCAUUUCCUGAUCACUUCAGGGGUUUCUCUGCCCACUCACGCCAACUCGAUGCUCAUGGCUUUUGGACAGGUUCUCUCGAUUUCUGACUCACUUUUGAGCUUUUUUGAGUUCGGCGCGAAAAAAAAAAUCAUUCAUGACAGUUUUAUUAGAGUUAUUUUUUGGAGUACUGUUCAUGUGCCUUUAAAUUUGAUAUAAACACAGCAGACUGCCCCUUAAAAACUGAAACUUGCAUUAUUGUGCCCAAAACUACCUGAGGUUCAAACUUGAUUUUUUUUCUAGUUUUCCAAAAUUUUUGUGAGCCGGGGCUGCACGAGUUCUGGACUUGCCCAACUAUGCCACGAAAUUAGACUUCACAAUGAAAAAUAAAAUAAAUUCUUCAGUUCCUCUCGCACGACAUAACCUCGAACCAAGUCGUCGGAAGCUGUUCCUGCAACCGCGGAGGUCCCCUCUGCGCCAGCAUCGUCGACAACAAACAGUUGGUGAAGGAAAUAAAACUGAUUUCUAUGGACCUUGCAUUUUUGUCCGUAGAGUUUCCGUUCAGACUACAUAGAUAGAAAAAGAAUGAAACUUUUAAAAAAUACGUUUCUAGCAGUUUUAAAAUGUUUUCCUUGCUAUGAGAGUUGUUCGCCUCUUCAUUUCCAGUGAAAUACUGCAUGCUCUUUUCAUGAACAUUUCAAGAUCAUUCGUUCUUUUAAAAUCAAUACAUAUAUUGACUUUUCAUCCAUAACCAGUUGAGUUUUCUGAAAAAGGUCUUCUUCGGAAAUAGGAACUUCUAUUUUGUCUAGCAAGAACGUAAUCAUGUUUCCAGCAAGUUAUAAAAGUUUAUUCAAGAAAUUUUCGAAGAUUCUUGCGAUUCAUAUUUGAAAAUAAGAUGAGACUGUCUGAAUCUCUACCAUUCACAAGCUAUUUUUUGAUCGUGUCAAGACCCUUUUUUUUUGAUUUCUGGAAUACUUGCUCAAGCUAGAUGGGCAAAGUAUAGGAAUAUAAAAAAGAAGCUUUCAAAAAAUUGCCUUUUUUGGCGCCUUUCUGUGACUUCUCAUCGGUAAAAUUCUUUCUAAGAAGAUGAAAACUUGUUAAAAAAAGAAAUUUGUUAUUAGUUACAGAAAAUAAGGAAUGGAAAGGCGGUGAAAAGGUAUUUCUCCUGAAUAGGUGAGAAAAAGUAGCUCAGAAGAACUUUUCAGGAACUUCAAAAGGGGUUUUUUCGUUGUAAGGGGUCCUAGUAAGCCACUCGGACUUUGCUCGUGAAUUAUUUCUUCAUUUUUGAAAAAAAAUGUCCAAAUUUUCUCGUUUCACAAUAAAAGUCCAAACGAACUCAAAAAGGCCUUCAAAUGGAUAGCCUAUUGCUCAUUUUUGAGUUCCUAGAAAGGUGUCCCAAGUUUCUCGAGAUCUCCUUUAUUCACCUUUUUUCCGCCUUUUUUUUUCACCUCCUUAAAAGGCCAUUUUCAGUAAUAAGGUCUAGAAUAAAAGACGCCUUUGAGGUUUUCUGUUAGAGGCCUUAUUUCCAAAACUCCUUUUUGAGACGUUUUGGACUUUGCCCGUUUUUGCAGAGGACGUUGCUUCCCGUUCAUCCGGGCGAUGCCUGUCUGCGGAACGGGAGUUCAUGGAAGAGCUCGUGAACAACUCAACGAGAAUACGGCCUUCAUCGACGCCAGCAUGGUCAGCAGCCCUUCGGAAAAAAUAAAACGAUACUUUUUCGUUCAGAUCUACGGAUCCGAAGCCAUCACCAGCAGGUCGCUCCGAUUCGGCGCCAUGCUCAGGACCAAUGUACGUUUUCUUCCAUUCAGUUUUUGUACCUUUCCUUGAAUCAUUUCUGGCUUAUACAUGUAAGAGAACUUAUUAAGAACUAUCUUUUUAUUGAUUCGAUUAGUGAAGACGUUUAAGGAAAAACUAGGAAAAUUUUCGAGCCAAUGCUUUUGAAAAAAUCUGGCCUAGAAGAAAAAUAUAAAAGAUAAAAAAAUGCCGUCGAAAGUUGUCGAAAGUAAAAAACAAAGUCAUUUAAAUUUUAAAAAAAAUAGAAAAAGGUUUCUUGGACUAGUCGCUGUAGUGUACAGGCCUGGUUGAAAAAAUGCACUGUCUUUUCCCCAGAUCGUGAACGGAAGAGCCUUCCCGCCGGUGCGACGCCAAGGACGCGACACCGUAUUUUCAGCCGGAGACAAUCGUUCCAAUCUUUUUGUUGGACUCGCCGCUCUCCACGCCUCCUUCUUGCGGCUCCACAACAAGUUUCUCUUGAAAUUCAGCCUUUUUCUUCAUAAAUUACUGAAAUCAGCAUCGCCGCCCGUCUGCAGAACAUGAACCGCCACUGGAACCAGGACCGCAUUUUCCAGGAAAGUCGCAAAAUCGUCGGAUCUGUUGUUCAGGUGAAUUUUUGAAUCAAGUAAGGUCAUUGGGGUGGGGAAUUUUUUGAAACUUGACUCCUCGAUUUACAAAAAGACAGAUCGGGAAAGUCAAAAACUAUAAAACAUCCUAUUUUUCAAGAAAACAAAGGUCUAAUGCCCCAAAAAAGCUUAUUUCAACAGUUUCUCAUGAUUUUCUUCAGAAUUGAGCUGUGUGUUCUUGAAAACUUUGUAUAGGUUAAAUUUAUUAGAAGCUUUUUUUUGGCUAAUCAAAAGCCUUCGAGAUUAUUUUCACAUAUUUCCAUACAGUAAAUGACCUUCCUUGUCAUUUUUCAAAAAUCCAUAUUUUUAUUCCUUCAGAGCAUCACCUACCAAGAGUUCCUCCCAACGAUGAUCGGCCCAUUUUUCCAGCGUCUGGUUACUCCCUACGAUGGGUCAGACUUUCAUUUUUUUUAAACCUGGAAAUAUCUAUUUUUCCAGCUACAAACCCAACGUCAACCCUUCCAUCAUCAAUGAGUUCGCUUCAGGAGCUUACCGACUUCAUGGACUGAUCCAGGUAGAUCUAGAAGGAGAAAUAUAUGCAUUUUCGCUCCAAUGAUAACUUGGUUGAGCGAAUAUUUUGAAAUAGGUUAACUCGGAUUUUUGUAAAGCAAACCGAACGCGCCCCGGUCGUUUAGGGAUUGCUUGAGAGUGUUGACGCCACUUAAGGGACCACUAGAGCUGCUAAAAAAAAAGAUUAUGAGAAAAACCCUGUAGAAAGUAAUAAACGAAUUUAAAAAAUGUGAACCCAUGUACAACUUCUCUAUUACAGGACUUGCUUGGAAAAUUUUUUCAGCUGUUUUUGAUAUUUUUUUGUAUGAGAUUUUCUCAAUGCCUCUUUUCUACUAUUUUUACGUUAUUCUGUUAUUUGUAUCCUAAGUCCUUCAAAAUCACAAGCUACAGGAAAAAUAUCCAUUCGUCAACGCCAACUUCCAACCCGUCGGAGAAUAUCGAUUGCUCGACUCGAUCAGCAACUUUGAGAGCAUCCUUUCCAACAUUGACAAUGUCUAUCGGUCAGAGAGUCUUCCUCUGUUUGAAAGUCCCUACUUCUCUUCAGAGGACUCAUCUCGACGUCUUCGAGAAGCCCGCAGCGCAUGACGACGACCGUCACGGAGAACAUUUUCAACGGCGACAUGGCCACGACCAACAUCCAACGAGGACGUGACCACGGAUUGCGGUAAGAAAGAGAUUGAAGCUAAAAAAUGAAGCUCGUAAAUUGAGCUUAAGCAAAGGAGUUAACAAAAAUUUGAACAGUUGAAAUACUGAACUUGAGUCGUAUCAAUCCAACUCGCCGUAACUUGAGGCUUUCUGACUUGUCUGUGCUCUCUCUCCUCUUAUUGUCUCUUCCUUUAUUUCGGACUGUCUUCAUUUUUGUAUGGCCAAACUAUUUUGAAAAAUCGAAGCGUCAAUUUUUUGUUUCAUAUAGCCCAAAAACAGCCACCGAGCGUUCAACGAGAAAUUUUAGAACUUUGACAGAAAAUUCUAAAAACUGCUCUUUUCGUCAAAAUAAGAGAAAAACCCGAAAAAGUUUGAUUCCAACUUUUUUGUACACUUUAUUUCGGCCUAUGAAAGCAUUUUAAAAUCCUUUCUUUUUCCUAGUGGCUAGACUUUCUGCGGCGUUGCAUUACAAUAUUUUAAAAAAAGCAUAAGAAAAUCCUACUUUUUUCAGAUCCUACAACGACUACCGAAGGCUCUGCCGUCUUCCGGUAAUCACCAACUUUGAAAAUGUACAUAAAAAUUCAAAAUAUUUGGAAAAUUAUCAAUUUUCAGUGGCCGGAGGUGACGAAACAAGUCGUCCGACAGCGCGUCCAGCAGCUCUACCGCACCCCUGACGAUGUAUUAUUUAAAAGAAAUUCUAAGAAGUUUAGAGAGUUCUUACUUGAAAAAGGAUAAUAGUCGGUUCGAAAAAAGUGUUCAUGAGAGUUUUUUUUUUCAGCUGGUGACGGAUCUGUACCUGAAAAUCACUAAUAAAAACUGUGCGAGAAGUUACUAAGGCUUAAAGAAAAUUUUGGAAAACGCUCAUUAAGGUCAUUGAAAAAGCUCAGUAUGCCCAACGGGCUAUUUAAAGGAGUUUUCAGUUUCAGCGGUUUUUAAAAGGACUUUAGGGCAUUUUUUCGGAGUUAUUUCGCAUAUAAGCUUUUUAUAAAAAUCGAUAUUUCGUGAUUUUUUUAAAAUCAUAUUUUUUUAAAAACCAAAAAAAUUUGGUCAAGUUGAAGGAACACUGAAAUCAUUCCCCGUGAUAAAAAAAAAACUUGAAGUUCAUAACUUCUCAGUUGGACCUCUACGUCGGCGGAAUCAUCGAAGAGCCGCUGCCCGGAAGUAUGGUCGGCCCGACUUUCGCCUGCAUCAUCGCCGAGCAAUUCGUACGUCUUCGCGACGGCGACAGGUUCUGGAUCAUCUACAGAUCAUUGGCGAAGAAUUCCGAUUCAGAUUUUACUUCGAGAACCCGGCAACGUUCACGUCGGCACAAUCGGCGGCCUUGCGACGCACUUCCCUUGCUUGGGUUCUCUGCGACACUGGCGAUGAGUCAGUUUUCCUCUCUUGCAUCCAUUUUGAUAACUUUCUAGUUUGAGUCGGCUACAAUCUGUGAAAUCACUGUGUAGAACUUUAAUGAUAAUGAAAAAAAUAAGAUCUUUCGGUAGAAGGAUUCUACGAAGACUAUUUUUGCUCUAAUCUAGAAAAUCCGAGAUCUUCUUUUAGACUUCGGAAGUUUUUUGGGAAAACUUUCAGCUUGCAAGUAAAAUAAUCUGUUCGACUUUAUGAGCGUGAUUUUCAUAUAGCCUAAUUAUUUUUUCUUCUACUUUCCUUUUACUUUUACAAAUCUAAAAAAAAGAUGUAGCUCUUGUUGUUUUAUGUAUCAGAGUGAUAUAAAUAUUCAAACAAAUAUUCAAAGAUCGAACCAGAUAUUUUCACAAAAAAAAAAAAUUCCCAUCAAGAUCUUAGGCAUAAUCUCGAAAACCUCAUCAAGUUAACAAAUAUCAGUAGGAAGAAAUCUUAAGUCUUUAAGGAUAACUAGGCUUUGAUUCGGAACCAGCAAGAAGAACUUCUUCCAGGGACUUCUUACAGAAAUCCUAUCUAGAUUUAUCUAGAAAAAGAAAACUAUCCAGCUAUCUAGAACUAUCUUUCUAAAGGUGACGACUAUCAAAUUCCCAAUCAAUCAGAUUGAUCCAUAUAGACAGAAUAUUUUCAGCAUGAGCCGAAUCGUGCGAAAGGCCUUCGAGAUCGACAUGGGACAACGCGCGAUUCCGUGUCCCUCGAUUCCUCAACUCGACCUGUCGCCUUGGAAAGAAUAA